AUAUUUAUUAUCAAUGGAUUGAAUUUAAUAUUUGAUCUUAUUUUUUUUAAGGUGCGCGAAAGCUUUAUGCGACAAUUCGUACUUGAAGUGGAAGAUGAAGAAAACGAAGGUGCAAAGAGAACUAAUGAAACCUUUGAUUCGAAAAUAGUGUACAGAAAACAACGCCCAGUGAAAAUCUUAAACAAUCCACCGAAAGUGAGAAGUGUCGUUACUAAUUUGAAGAAAGCAUCUGUUAUUUAUAUCAUAAAUGAUUCCAACAAUCAGAGGCUUCUCUUGGGAGACUCCGCCAUGAUUCCAGUACCGGGUAAAGGACUUCUAAAACCGCAGGGUACUGCGAGUAGCACCAAGCAGCUUCGGAUCGAUCCGAAAAAAUCAAUCAGAAGGAGCGUUCGAAGUGGAUCGAUCAAGCUUAAACAAACGUACGAGCAUCUCAUGGAAAAUGGUGACAUAGGGGGAAUAAAUAGAGUCAGUUCAUCAAGCAGAAGACCGCAUGAUUUAGAUAUCAAAUUGCUACAAGCUAAGAGGCAACAGGCGGAAAUGCGAAGAAAUCAACGUGAAGAUGAUUUGCGAGAAAAUCAUCCGUUCUUCGACACGCCGUUAUUCGCGGUGCCUCGUGAAAGUAAAUUCCGGAAAUAUUGUCAGCUGUUCGUCUAUGCAAGAUAUGAUGCGAGAUUGAAGGAUCCUUUGACAGGCAAGGAAAGGAAGGUGCAGUACAAGAGCCUGCAUAAUUUCCUCGGUUUAGUGACCUAUCUUGAUUGGGUAAUGAUAUUCAUCACGACAUUGUCGUGUAUCUCAAUGAUGUUUGAGACGCCUCGAAAGCGCGUAAUGGAGACACCGGCGUUGCAGAUCACCGAAUACUGUUUUGUUAUUUGCAUGAGCAUUGAACUUGCAUUAAAGAUUCUGGCGGAUGGUUUGUUCUUCACACCCAAGGCUUAUAUCAAGGAUGUUGCCUCUGUACUAGAUGUCUUCAUUUACAUUGUAAGUCUCGUAUUCUUAUGUUGGAUGCCGAAGAGCGUGCCGCCGAAUUCUGGAGCGCAGCUACUGAUGAUAUUACGAUGCGUCAGACCGUUAAGAAUCUUCACUCUUGUACCGCAUAUGAGGAAGGUCGUUUACGAGCUGUGCAGAGGAUUCAAAGAAAUAUUGCUGGUAUCAACAUUACUAUUCUUAUUGAUGUUCAUGUUCGCGAGUUACGGAGUGCAACUGUAUGGUGGUCGAUUAGCGAGAUGUAAUGAUCCUACAAUUUUGAAGCGUGAGGAUUGCGUCGGUGUAUUUAUGAGAAGAGUAUUUGUGACGAAGAUGAAACUACGGCCGGGAGAGAAUGAGAGUUAUCCGUCCAUAUUGGUACCGCGAGUUUGGGCCAAUCCUAAAAGAUUCAACUUCGAUAAUAUUGGCGACGCUAUGAUGGCUCUCUUUGAAGUACUUUCUUUCAAAGGCUGGCUUGACGUGCGGGAUGUCCUUAUAAAGGCUCUUGGUCCCGUUCACGCAAUCUAUAUACACAUUUAUAUUUUCCUCGGUUGUAUGAUCGGCUUGACAUUGUUCGUGGGUGUCGUGAUUGCGAAUUACUCCGAGAAUAAAGGCACUGCUUUACUCACGGUAGAUCAGAGACGAUGGUGCGACUUGAAAAAACGUCUGAAAAUCGCCCAGCCACUGCAUUUACCACCUAGACCGGAUGGUAAGAAAUUUCGAGCUUUCAUCUACGACAUCACGCAGAACAUUUAUUUUAAAAGAUUCAUCGCCGUCAUGGUGCUUGUGAACAGUGCUCUGCUAUGUGUUUCUUGGAGACUCGAAGAGGAGCACACUGAGGCUCUGGCUACAGUCUCCAUGAUUCUGACAUUAGUCUUUCUUGGAGAGGUAAUCAUGAAAAAUAUUGCUUUUACGCCGCGUGGCUAUUGGCAAUCUAGAAGAAAUAGGUACGAUCUGCUCGUGACAGUCGUAGGCGUUAUUUGGAUCAUCAUACACUGCACGAUGCAGAAUGAUCUGUCCUAUGUGAUUGGAUUUAUGGUCGUGAUCCUGAGAUUCUUCACCAUCACUGGCAAACACACCACUCUUAAGAUGUUAAUGUUGACUGUCGGUGUGUCCGUCUGCAAAAGCUUCUUCAUUAUAUUCGGCAUGUUUCUCCUUGUCUUUUUUUAUGCGUUAGCCGGUACCAUAAUCUUCGGCACAGUGAAGUACGGAGAAGGCAUAGGAAGACGCGCUAAUUUCGAAUCACCAGUUACUGGCGUGGCGAUGCUCUUUCGCAUAGUGACAGGGGAGGAUUGGAAUAAAAUUAUGCACGACUGCAUGAUACAACCGCCCUAUUGCACGCCAGCUGAUAAUUACUGGGAAACGGAUUGUGGCAAUUUCCAUGCUUCUCUAAUUUAUUUUUGCACCUUUUAUGUCAUCAUCACUUACAUCGUCUUGAAUCUUUUAGUGGCUAUUAUCAUGGAAAACUUUUCUCUAUUCUAUUCAAAUGAAGAAGACGCGUUACUAUCAUAUGCCGACAUAAGGAAUUUCCAGAACACAUGGAAUGUCGUUGAUAAUCAUCAGAAAGGUGUCAUACCGGUGAAGAGGGUAAAGUUUAUCUUGAGAUUGCUAAAGGGCAGACUAGAGACUGAUCCGCAAAAGGAUCGCCUGCUUUUCAAAUACAUGUGCUAUGAACUAGAACGAUUGCACAAUGGCGAAGAUGUUACCUUCCACGAUGUUAUUAAUAUGUUAUCGUACCGUUCAGUGGACAUAAGAAAAGCGCUUCAAUUAGAGGAACUUCUCGCACGAGAAGAAUUUGAGUACAUAAUUGAGGAGGAGGUGGCUAAGCAAACGAUCAGAACUUGGUUACAGGGUUGCCUGAAGAAAAUACGAGCGAAACAAAACAGUCUUAUUGCUGGGCUUCGUGCUACAAAUAACGCGGCUGUACUACCUCAAGACAUAGAGAAGGGUAAAGAGGAGAAAGGCAAAGAAGUUAGUAUUGAUCGUGAGGAGGAGGCUGAAAUAAAGGAUGCCGAAGCUCCGAAGUACAAGGUAAAGAAACCGAUGGUGCUUCCAAGAUCGGAUAGCAUUGGAAGUGCUUCGGGAAGAAAAUAUUUAGCACCGACUUUAUCGGAUCCCGCAUCCGUUCGAUCCGAGAAGGACAAGAUUGCAGCGUCGAAAAAGAGAAAUAGUAGACCACCAUCAAUGGUAAAAAAUAAUUUGCACCACUUGACGGAAAAUACGGAGCAGAGCAGGCAGCAGAGGGAGGCGUUAAGUAACAAGACAACUGCUCCUAAAGUUUCCAGCGUCAUGCUGGAGGUUCGCGAAUGGUGGAAGGAGCAGUUAGCUUACAGCAGCGAGUCCAGCGAGGAUGAACUUUAAACUUUCCGAAUUACGAAAGAGUAAACGAUUACAAUCGCAGUAAAUUGUGAAGUAAGGAUUCCUACUUUUAGCAAUUAUAAAAGACGAAUUCUUAGCCUAAGAAUUUUUGCAUCCAACGAGGCGGAUGAUCCAAGGAGAAAUGUGGUAUGUGCCUAAUAAUUUUAAUCACUCGCCCAAGCUCGAGGAACUUUAACGCGUUGAGCUUCAACCGUAAUUCGCCACUUUCACUGCUAAGAAUUAUAUUAAUAUUUUGCUACGCCCACAAGGCAGUGUGCACAGAGCGAACUAAAAAAAUCUUUCGUUACACGUUUCACGAAGCUCAUCGUGUUAGAAGAAUCGAUUUCCUAUCAGAAGAGAAGGAGUUAUUAUUGUCGAAACAUACACAUACUCGCGACAUUUCGUAUCGAAUUCGGAACAUCACUGCCGUGUGUCAAACAGAUCGCCCAUACAAAAAUCCUCGAACAUUAAUUUGUUGAAAGAUUUUGAUGUAUGUCUUGAUGAAGAACUUUUCCGUACGUCAUACUCACGUACUAUCAUUCAUGGAUCAUCAUGUGAUUUAGCUAUUUUUAAAAUAACAUCUCGGAGUAACUACAAUUGUAUGUAAUUUUGUACGACACGAAGUUGAUCACCGCGCGAGUAAUAACUAGAGUCGAUUAUGGUGUUAUUAAGGGCAACUGCGAGUACAAUUAGCAUAGAACGCGAUUCGUCGUAGAUAUUUUUGUCGUGAAGAGGGUACUGAUUCUGUGUAAAGAAAAUGUUAGGACGUUUCAGAUCGUCGAUUCUUUCCUCCUUACAACAAGAAUACGUCCCGAAGGCCUGUACCAUAGAUCUACACGAUUAAUUUGAUAUUGACAAUUGUAAAAAUUUUAGCGCGUGCGACCGUUGAUGUUAUAUUAUCUCUGUUAUUAAUUAUUACAGUAACGCUGUUACGAGUGUCGCUUUAGUGAAAAGAGGGUUGUGCACAGAGAGAAUUACUUAAUGGAGGGCAUAACUUAUUUUGAAAUGCGCGAUCGCGCCGGCUCUCUUAUAUUGUGUAUGUUGAACAUACGAAAGAUAUUAAAUGGAGCAUUUAUAUUAAAUAUAAUAUAUGACUGUCGUGUUUUUGUAUGAGACGCGAUGUGCGAGUAUUACGUAAAUAAAUUUGUGAGAUCUUUAGCGGAAAGCGAUCGAUGUUAGCGCAAUAAUACGCAUACGCACACACGCACGAUGAAUAUUAUGCAUAUAUAUAUUUACAGAAGCGGAAAAACUGAUUUAGCGUUAUCGACCGCAUUACAUCACUGUAAUGAAUGUUGAUGAUUGUUGCUAGUUUAUGUGCCAAUGUAUUGUCUUAUCAAGUAUAGGGCAAAUAAAUGUUGUUAGAUAUCAUUA